AUGUGGUAUCGACUGCUAAAACUAUUAUUUCAAAUUACAUUAUUUUUCAUAUGGACUUUUACAUUAAUUUAUCUUAUAUUUCUUUCAAUCGUGGUUUUUAUUCUUUUUAAUAUUUGUUUAACGAUAUUCUUAUUUUGGUUUAUUUUAACACUAAUUGGAUGGUCUAUUGCCUUGAUUCCUAUUCUAAUAUUUGUUUUUAUACCAUGGUAUCGUCGACAAUGUCGUCUAUGGACAAUAAACAAUCGACAAAGUCGUUUAAGUGUUGCUUUUUUUCAUCCAUAUUGUAAUCAUACAAGUGGUCGUGAACGAAUUUUAUGGUCUACGAUUGAAUCUAUUCUUAAAAGAUAUAAAAAUGAUAUACAAAUAAUCAUUUAUACAGGAAAUAUUAAUAUAGAAUCAGAAGAAAACAUUUUUCAACAUGUUCAUCAAAAUUUUGAUAUUAACAUUGAAGAUUAUAAAUCUUCAAUUACAUUUGUCUAUCUUCGUAGUCAAUUUUUAGUUGAAGAAAAAUAUUAUAAAAUAUGUAAUUUAUGGGGACGAAAUAUCGGUUCAAUUAUUGUAGGCUUCGAAGCAUUAAUUCGUUUUAUACCUGAUAUUUAUAUUGAUUCAACUGGUUAUGCUUUCACUUACCCAAGUUUUUAUUAUUUUGCUUCAAUUCCGAUUAUAUCUUAUAUACACACUCCUACAAUUACUAACGAUCAACUCGCACAAAUUAAUGAACAAUAUCGAACAGAUAAAUCCUUCAUUAAUUUAAUAGAAUUAUUAUAUUAUCGAAUAUUUGGAUAUAUCUAUGGUUGGUGUGGAAGAUGUUCAAAUAUUGUCUGUUGCAAUUCCUCAUGGACAAAACAACAUAUUAAAUCUAUAUGGAAAUCAAAGUCUAUCUAUCUUCUUUAUCCUCCAUGCGAUGUAACACAAUCUUUAGAAAUACCAUUUAUGAAUGAAAAUAAAAAAAUUAUUUCCCUUGGACAAUUUCGAUUAGAAAAAAAUCAUGAAUUACAAAUUCGUGCAUUUUAUGAACUUUUACAAAGAAAAAAUGAAUAUCAACAACAAUUAAAAUUAAUAUUGAUUGGUAGUAUAAGACAUAAUGAAGAUCAAGAAUAUGUUAAACAAUUACAAAUACUUGUCAAUGAUUUAAAUCUAAUGGAUAAUAUUGAAUUUAAAUCUAACAUCAGUUUUACGGAAUUAAAAAACGAACUUAAUCAGGCAAUAAUUGGUUUACAUACAAUGCGAAAUGAAUCUUUUGGAAUUGGGAUUGUCGAAAUGAUGGCUGCAGGUACCAUUGUUGUUGCUCAUAAAUCUGCUGGUCCAAAAAUGGAUAUAAUCGAUGAAGGACAUACAGGUUUUCUUGCGAUUGAUAUCGAUUCCUAUGCAACAAAGAUGCAACAAAUACUUGAAAUGAAUACAGAUGAACGUCGUCAAAUGCAAGAAGAAGCAUAUUUAAAUAUGGCAUCAAAAGUAAUUGGAAAAUGUGAAAAAGAUUUUAUUAUACAAUGUUUACGAGAUCGUCAAAGACUUGAUCAUCGACUUCCAUUUGUAACGCGUGAUGUUAAAAUUGAUUUUCGAGAAGAAUAUGGUUCAGUUACUGUAUCACUCGGUUUAACCAAAGUAUUGGCUCAUACAUCAUGUAAAGUUGUUAAACCAAAAGAAACACGAGCAAAUGAAGGUCGAUUAAGAUUACAAUUAAAAAAUAGCCAUACAAUGAUGUUUAAUUUUGAAACUGGAAGACAAGCUCAAUGGACGACGCUUAUGAGUCGACAAUUAUUACAAAAUAUUCGUGAUUCUGGUUGUGUUGAUAUGGAAUCAUUAUGUAUUCUUGCUCAUGAACAUGUUUGGGAAAUUAGUGUCAAUUUACAUGUAUUGGAUUAUGAUGGAAAUAUUCUUGAUUGUGCUAAUUUAGCUGCUCUAUGUGCUCUUGCUCAUUUUCGAUAUCCAGCUGUAACAGUAAUUGGAACAGAUGUUCAUGUGCAUUCAACUACCGAACGAAAUCCACAACCGAUUCGUAUAUUACAUUUUCCAAUAAUAAUUAGUUUUGCACUAUUUCAAAAUGGAGAACAUAUGUUAAUCGAUGCAUGUGAAGCUGAAGAAAAAGUAAUGGAAGGAUUAUUUGCUGUUGGAAUGAAUCAACAUAAAGAAUUAAGUACACUGACAAUGCUUGGAGAAAUCUGUUUAAGUCGUGAUCAAGUUCAAAAUUGUAUCUCAUUAGCACAUCAUCUUGUUCUUGAAAUAACGAAACAAAUACGAGCUUCAUUAGAAAAAAAUCGAGAAGAACAAUUAAAGUUAAUUCAAGCUAUUAAUCAUCGUUGA